UGCCCUAACAGUUGACCCGGAUGUUAAGUCCUAAGACAGUUGUCCAAUCAGCAUACACUUAAUGUACAGAGUGAAGUACGCCUGCGCAAAAGAGAACGGGACCAGAAAAAACGUAUUGUUUGAGAAAUUUUUGAGUAUGGCUUCACGUGCAGGUCCCCGUGCUACAGGAACAGAUGGUAGUGACUAUCGACAUCGCGAGAAGGUGGCUUCUCACUAUCAGAUGAGUGUUUCUCUGAAGUCUGAGAUCCGAAAGCUGAACUUUGCCCAUGUGUUCAUUUGGCUCCUGGUUGCAGCACAGGUGGUGGUGAGCUACUUGAAACUCGUGUCACAUGAUGUUGUGGCCACACCUUAUCAGUGGGAGUACCCUUAUCUUUUAAGCAUCAUUCCUUGUAUCUUCAGUUUUAUAUCAUUUCCUCGGAACAAUAUCAGCUAUUUAGUGAUCUCCAUGAUCAGUGCUGGCUUGUUUUGUAUUGCUCCACUCAUCUAUGGAAGCAUGGAGAUGUUCCCAGUGGCACAACAGCUGUACCGGCAUGGCAAGGCAUAUCGCUUCAUAUUUGGGUUUUCUGCAGUCUCUGUCAUGUACCUGGUAAUGGUUAUUGCUGUCCAGGUUCAUGCUUGGCAAAUCUAUUAUAGCAAGAAGCUUCUUGAUUCUUGGUUUACUUCUACUCAGGAAAGAAAAAAGAAAUAAUAAAUACCAUCAAGAACCUAAAGAAGAAAUAUUCAUAUUGUUAUGUUUUAAUAUGAUUUGUUUUUGAAACAAAAACAAUGUUUAAUAAAAACGUUUUAUUUUUGAAUGUUUCAUGUAAAACUGGAGGAAAGUUUCAGAUUGUCACCCUCUAAAUCUGAGGAACUCACUUAUUUAUAAUUUAUGAAGAAGUUCUGAUGAUUAUGUGUGCAAGCUCUUCCCACAAUGCAAAGAAACAAAUUGUGCAACAGUUAAUAACCAAGAUGAAUUUUGAUAGUUUCAAAACAUAAUAAUGCCUUUGUAUAUUUAAGCACCAUUAUCAUUUCAAAUGUUGUGUUGUCUACAGAUUAUGGAAGUAAGGUCCCUCAUUUCCAUUUGUGAUAGGUUUGAAUGUUAAUAUAUCUGUUUUUCUGGAAGAAUGAAGUUUGUUUUCCAUAUUGAGUUUAUUGUUUUAUUUAGUAAAUUUUCAGUUAAUUUUUACUUUAACAAAGAAAUGUACCCAAAACUACAUAGAUUUAAAACUGAACCAAAAACAUUAAAGGUUAUUUGAAAUUUGACAAGCUUGACUAAUUUUCUGUUAAAUGAAAUGGUACAUUAACUUUUUUGCACAUAAUAUAAAUACAAUGGCGUAAAACUUUCUAUCCUUGAACUGUAAAUUAAGGAUCUGCAUUUGACUUUUUUUGCGUACUUAACCUUUCUGCCUCUCCAGCUUGCAUGAUAUACAUAGUUAUUUGGACUGCGUAUCACUACAAGAGUUAGCCACCAGCCCUUUGUGUAUUUUGUACUUAGAGAUAUUUUUAAGUUGUAUCCUUUAAAAAUUCAAAAUCAAUAUUAGGUGUACCUUAAGUGCAAAUCAGUUACCUGUUUACAGAGGAAGAAUUGCAAGCUACUAUGCUAUUGUCUUUUUUUCAAAGUAACUUUCUUAAAUUUUCUGAAAACUCAAUAUUGUUUUCAGUAUAGAACUUCCAGAUACAUUAAUGAGCAGUCCACCACCUGGAUAGACAAGAUGAAUGUUUAUUAGAGUAAGUGAUACUAGUGUUUAAUAGCAGUGCCUUUGUUAAGUCAAAGGUCUAGAUUUUGUGCAUUUUUUAUUCUUAAAGGCUGUUACUUUUAAUUAGUUUUUAUGCAUACAGAAUUAAUUGCUUGUUAUUCUUGUUAGUUCCUUUGCAUAUUGUGGCUUUAGAGCUUAAUGGUAAUUUUUCUUGUUCACAGAUUUUCAUCAUUCCUGUUUACAGCUUAAACUUAAUUCCUUUAUUAAUUGUGUACUUUUCAGAGAUAAUUUGAAAGAAAACUUAAAAUGGGGUGUGAAACUUACUUCCUAACAUCCCUUACUGAACUCAACCAGGUGUGCCUUUUUUAAUUUCAUCUACAUUCAUUAUCCAUACUCCCCCCACCAUCUCUUUCUUUGUAAGAUUGAAUGUCUAUAUAACUAUAUGUUUGAGGAUUUCUGCCUGAACACCCAUUGUACAAGUUAGUCCUAGUCAACCUAAUUAAAGAGUUUGGUUUCUUUAUAUCUGUUAUUAUCUUCACACCUGCUAAAAUUGUAUUUUUUAAUAUUUGCACAUUUAGUUAUCUUGAAAAGCCAAAAUUAUAAAAAAUAACAAAUAGGUAAAACUUAGUAAAUUAAUCAAAUUUUAUUAAUUAAUUACAAUGAAAUGCCUUACUUAGGUUAGAGUAGUUACCACCCAGUGAUGCUUAAUGAACAUUCUUUUAGUCUUUUAAAUUUGCCUCAUGUUUACACCUUUGGUCUAUAUAAGCUGAUUUUGUCAAAACAAUUGGGGCGUUUAUGCAUUAUAUUUGUUACAAAAGUUAUAUAUUUGCUACAGAAGUUACUAGUGUCCAACCCAAAACAGUUUCAGGCACCCAUUGCUGCCGGGAUAGAUUUUGGCUAUUAAUAAUGUUGAACCACAUUAAGUGGGUUAUGGAAAUAUAGGACUGGAUAUUAAUUUUAUCUUGUAAUAAAUUUCUUUUUU